UAUGCAUUGAUGGCCUUCCCUCAAUUCGGCAGGUUUUUGUUUCCACAAAAUUAAUAGUUGACGACGUUGUAUACGCUGGCUGUCGUGCUAGCUUGGUGGAUCACAAUUUAUGUCAUUAAUCCAGUAACUGCUUAGUUAGUUAAAGAUCAACAUUGACAUCUCAAAAUCAUGGCUAUGGCAAAAGGAUUGCUGCAGAUUACCAUGCUACUUGCUUGUUUCAACUGUAUUUAUGGAAUAUGGAAUUCAACAAAGAUUAAAGAGCAACUCAACAUUUUGAAGAAUGAUUACGAUUAUUCGUUGGUACCAGUGAGAAACGAUACACCUGUUAACGUGACAGUUCAAAUCUCAAUAUUGGAUAUGUUUCCAUAUCAAUCAAUACAUAUGCAUUACAGUUCUGACUUCUUCUUGAAAAUGCAAUGGCACGACUACAGGUUGGCUGUCGACAAAACUGAUCAUGGCACCUUCGUACCACUUCAAGGGCACAAAUUUUGGAGACCAGAUAUCUAUUUUCCCCACGGGAGGCAAGGACAGCUGCAAAAGAUUCCUGAAAACACUGAAGGAGCGCAUCUUUAUCUGAAUGGAACAGUCAUUUACUUUCAAAGAAUAACUCUGGUUUCUCUCUGUUUGAUGGAGUUGCACUUCUACCCUUUUGAUAUCCAGAACUGCACUUUUGAAAUAAGCACACUGGUAAACACCAACCAAUUUGUUCAUCUGAUGUGGGAUAAAGAACCAUUAAAACAGCUGAAGGGAAAACUGGUCAUGAAGGAAUUCAACAUCGUCAAAUUUACAGCCAAUGCAACGAUCAAGAGUACUGACAGAGAUGGCAACUACGACUACCUUCAACUCCAUUUUCGGUUCUACCGUUACCUUGCCUUCUACUUCCUUAGAGAUUUCUUUCCAUGUAUUCUCAUUGUCAUAUUGAGUUGGAUGACAUUCUGGAUCGACUACCAAUCAACUCCUGCGCGGGUUGCCAUGGGAAUAACAACUGUGCUUACAAUUGUUACCAUGACAAACAACAUCAGGAAUAACUCUCCUCCAGCAGGGCUUUUCAGAAGUAUUGACUACUACCUGCUGAUGUGCAACUUAUUUGUCUUUGCUGCACUUGCUGAGUAUGCAUUGGUUGGGCAUUAUGCCAUUCAAUCCAACGGGAAGCGUUCCAAAGGAAAACCCAAGAAUGACAUCAAGCUUUAUGACUUCACUGGACUGGGGAACAUGAUCGAAAAAGAGGAGCCUCGAGAAAAGAAGAAGGAAGAUUUUCCAGAGGAGAAAAAGGAAAGAGAUGGAAGAAAAAACCACAGAAUCGACAAAUUAUCACGCAUUCUUUUUCCUACAAUGUUUGUCAUUUUCAAUGGAAUAUAUUUUGCCUUUCAUCGCCUACACGAGGAUACUGUUGAUUAGCACAAAUAUGGUCAGUUAUUUCAAAAUUAUUCUAAAGAACCAAUACAUUAUGUGCAGCAAUCUUCACGAAGCGAGGAAAAAAGAAACAUGAAAGCUAUAAGCGUUUAGUAUUUUAAAAUUAAGUUGUCCAAUAAUUUUAUUAUUCAAUAUACAGUAAUAAAUAUAUAAAAACUUUAUAUUUGCUAUCAAUAUUGCACUUAAUAUCCAUUCAAAGAAUGAAAUUAAUUGCAGCUAAUUUUUGCAUAAUAGUUAAAUCUUGAAUUCUUAGAAUUUAAAUAUUGUGUAUGUAUUCAAUUCGUUUCAUGUGUCUUUAAAUUCUAAAAUUUCCGUGAUUCUUUCGCACCAAAAUUGUGAUUGCCAAAAACUAUUUUGUGAUUACUUAGCCUCCGUUAUAAAGCUCUUAUGAAAUUUGGUGAGUUUUUGCUGGCAUUUUGUUAGUGAGUAUGUGCUUUUUAUACAGAGCAAAAUGUAUUUUUAUCAAGGAGUUUUGGUCCCAUUCAUCCAUUACAUCCCAGUGAGUUUAAAAGGAUCAUAAAAUAUCUUUCAAACAGUAGAGCAAUCAAAUCAAUUUCAAACAGUAGAGCAAUCAAUUAAUUUUAUUCAGCUCAUGAAAACAAUGCUACAAACAAUAACAAUGGUCGCUUUAAGUGACCAAGGUUUGCAAAAUCAGUAGGUAUAUGGUUGUUAUUAUGAAAUACAAUGAAAGACUUUAGGUAGAUUGAACAUAUCUCUUUUAGCAGAAAUUAUAAAAAAAAUAAACAAACAAAAUUUUCGAUUUUUACAUAUUAGUUUCCUUAAUCAUUUUUUGUCAUUGUUUUGUGUCAUAAACAGUGAUUUAAGAGCACAAAAAGUUCUCUGCGAUCUUAAAUUUACACAAGCAUGACGUCGUGUAAUCAAUCUUAAUAAGAUUCAAUGAAUUAAAAGUAAUUGAUAAAAAUUCUUGAAAUUCAAAUUUGGUACAACAAAGAAUCACGCCCUUAACGUAUUCGUGAAUCUUUACUUUAACGAUGAUACCCUACUUACGUUUUUAAAGCCUGCUUCUGUAAUUUAGAGUUAGCAAGGUAAAAUUAGCUUCAUGUGAAGAAAUAAGUUCAGUUCGGUAUUACAGACCAAGUUAAAAGGUUACCUUCCAUUUCAUUCUCAUUUUCGAGAUAUAGUUUAGAAACAUCCAAAGAAAGAUUGCUGUAAACAGGCACUUGGCUUUCGCAAUAUUUUAUUAAAAUCAAAGCCAUCAAACAGACCUGUCACUUCACCGCUGACGCACCACGAGAUUUGCGGUUGACAUUGAAUUUAGGAACAGAAAAUGUGCUUUCCCUAAACUAGGGCGAACGGGAUUGUUCCUUUAUUUUCAACUUCAGUUUCCCGUAUCGUUUUUAAUACGAGAAUGAGUCACAAGCAGGUACCCAAUAGGAACUUCAAGUAGGUGUUUUGAGCUGUUAGACCAGAUUAAG